GGCAACCGCAGGAAACAUGGCGAGGAACCACUUCCGGUGCGAACGGAGCGGGGCAAAAAAUACAGCCCGCAGCCGAGAGUAUCGGACCGGGACCGGUGUCGCGGGAGGGCAGCCCUGGUGUGGGGCACACGGAAGUACGGAGCCCGGAGGCGCUGCGGAGUAAUGCCCCUGGCCGAGAGAUGGUUUCAGGCUGUGGUUUCUAACGUCUGUCCCGCGCCGAAGUGAUGGAUGAAUCUGAUGAUGACUUUGUCGAGCUGGUGAAAAGGGCGCCCCGGCACACAGCUGAAGCUGGAGACAGGCGCUGUAAGUCAGUCAGCUGGGACCCGCCAGUUUCCUUCCCCGCAAGGGCGAAGCUGAAGCAAAAGCAGGCGCCUUCCAGCGAGCCCAACAGAAGCAGCGAUGGGAACCCCGGGAGCCAGCAGGCGGGGGGUCCGGAGAGCCAGGGACCCAACCCACAGGCCGCUCCCUGCAGCCGCCUUGGACAGCUGACUUGUGGGGACUCACCAGGCCCGACAAACCCCAACGCUGCACAGCUGCGUGGGGCCUCAGGGGUCAGAGAUGGUUUCACAGGGAUUUUCUUCGGCAGGCGUUCUAGCCGUUCCCAGACGCGGACGGCCCGCCAGCUGGGCGUGAAAGAGCGAGUGCUGGGGAACAUGCAGAAAUUUAGGAGGAAGGAGCCCGAGCGGCUGCGGCACGCGACUGAUGAGGACACGCGUUCGACUCCAGCUCUUCAAGAGGAUGGGAAGAGGGAGGUGGCCGGCUCACACAAUCCACACCAGGGCAGUGGCGGAGAGCAACACCAUCUGCCCUCGGUAUCCCUCCCUGUAAAGUUCACUUCCGGUGAAUGGCAACAGCACGCAGCCAGCGACGUGUCCUCGCCACGGGAGCUCCAAAAGGAAAUACGAGCAGCCGCUGUCUACACGCUGGAAGACAACGGGCUCUUCUUCUGCCUGAUCUGUCAGAAAGAUCUCUCCAACAUGAACUCUGUCCGGCGCACACAGCAUAUCAACAGGUGUCUGGAUGAAGGAGAGCAGAGGGCAGCUGAAGCCACCUCUACAAUCGUACCUCCAGUUCCCGAGUGUCCAAUCUGUGGGAAGCGUUUUAAAACCUUGAAGGGCCGAGUGAGUCACCUCAAACGCUGUGCGAGUGAAAUGGAGGUGCCUCCGCAGCUCCUGCUGCAGGCAGUCCAGAGACAGAACUCACAACCUCCUGAAAACUCGGCUCCUCGCGCCGGUGCCAGUGUUCAGCCUGGUCGAUCAAAGAGGAAAGGUUCAUCAAGAGAAAAGCAAGUGACGAAGAGGUGCAGGCAGCAAGUGGACGAGGAAACAAUGGUUGCUAUGGCCUUAUCGGCCUCUCUGUUAGAACAGGAAAGACGGCAAGAGGCAGAACUGACCGCAAGUCUGCAGGCUCAGAACUUCAACCUGCCCAAAACAGUGCCUCCUGCUGACAGGAAAGGUCAAAAGAAGAAAAAGACUGGCCCUUCAUUGUUAUUGAUGCAGGACCCUGAAUUGACCCUUAAACGCGUCCAGGACCGCCUGUCGCUGCUCUUGUCAGAGGAACGAGAGGAAUGCCCCACCCCGCCACUACCUGCCAGUACUUUUACCCCGGGCGGGGUCCUGAAACGCAUCUGGCACGUGCAGCCAGGGACAGCUGAGCAAGACAGCCUCUGGUGUCGCAGUGCCUUGUCCAGAACUGGUGAAGGGGACACCGCGCUGUUCUACACAAGUGACCUGGUCCCUCCUAUAAUCCCCUGGAAGCCACAACAGGAGAAAGCUCGGGCUCGUGAGGAAUCACUGUUACCCUCUGCAGUCUCCACAGAGGCCAUUACCAGACCCACCCCCGGGCUGGCCUCCCCACACUCCUCAGCAGAGGAUAAGUUUGCGGCUGGGAGUGAGCAGGAACGCACCUUCUUCGACCUGAUGGACUUAGCAGGCGAGGGAUUGACACUGACGCAGUGGCAGUCUGAAGUGAACACAGAGGAAGGCAGUGAGGGAUCAGGAAGUGAAGGAAACAAUUGUCCAAUUGUGCCGAGUGGAUUUGUCCCAGCCCAGAGCGAGGGAGGAUGUGCAAACAGCCUGCAGAGUGGACUGAGGAAGCUGGCCGCGGACCUGGGCGCGAUGGUGAACAACCCUCACCUGAGUGACGUGCAGCUUCAGCUGGACAGUGGCGAGGUUGUGUAUGCUCACCAGUUCAUUCUCUACGCUCGCUCUCCACGCCUCGUGCAGUCUGUGCACAGUGAGGGGUUCCUGGUGGAAGAGGACAACACCACUGAGACUCGACGACUCUUACUGCCUGAUGUUACAGUGCAAGCAGUUCUCUCCUUUCUACGUUACCUGUACAAUGCCAGUGUCUCGCUGUCGCCCGCCGUGCUUCCAGACCUGCGUGCACUUGCCAAGAGGUUCGCUGUGAGUGAGCUGGAUGAGAUGUGCAGAACCUAUUCAGCGGGAGCUGAGCCUCAUGGGGAGGAUUCUGAAAAUGAUCCGUUUGCUGGAGUUAAAGAUGAAGAUUAUGGGAUCAGAGAAGACCACCUGCAGGAUCUCCUGAGGUCCAUGUGGAUGGAUGAAGUUGAAGAGCAAGCCUUCCUUACCCCAGCUGCAGAGGAUGAUGGCGCAGACAAAGCCGACGAGAGAGUUGGGGACGAGGAGUUAGACGAGCUCUAUCAGUUUGCCGCAACUCAGAGAACCUCGCUGAAGAACAUUCAAACGAGCGGGAGGCUCAGCCUUGAGAAUGACAGUGCAGAGACUGGGGGAGAGGUUGACACCUCUGGAGAAAGUGAGCCGAGUGUGGAAGAACCAAGGACGGCAAGUCUGCCUGAUGAAGACUCUGUCACUGGAAGUGAGAUGGCUUCUGAUUUGCAGAGCCUUUCGAAACCCUUGGAGACAUCUUGGAAGGGCAAAGCAUUUCAGCUGAAUUGUAGUCUUGAAUCCGAUGCAAACUGUAAUGCCAGUGUCUGUCUGUUUUCAGAGACUGAUGUAUCAGUGCAUCUGCAGCAAGAUGUGAAUCUGGAGGCUGGUGCCUCCUCCAGAAAGAGUUCCAUCAGGAGUAACUUUUCCGACCACUGCAUUAUCACCAGAAUCUCCCCCACGUGUGACGCUGAAAGCCCAUCUGCUUGCCUGAGCUUUCCUGAUCUGCCUGUGGUCGGCCUGUCACCAUUGGAAGUAAACGAGAGAUCCACACAAGCUGAGGGCUCGGCUUCACCGCCCAGACCCACACACCAUGAAACAGUGGGUAACGUCUCUGCAACUCCCUGUGGACAACUGCCUGGCUUUCCUGGAGUUGCACAGGAUCUGGCCAGUCUGAGAUCUCCGGGCUCCCUGCAAGGGGACUGGCCUUCAAAGCCAAAGGCUGCCUCACUUAGUGCAUCUCUGUCAUUUUCACCUGGUACCUGUGAGAGGCAGCAGUGUGACCUGGCAUCCCCCAUUAGCAUCAACUCCAGUCUGUCUGCAGCAGAGAACAGGUCCAACGAUGUGGUGGUGGUCAUCGAUUCAGAUGAGGAAGUGGGAAUAAUUCAGAGUGAAGCAGUGCGACCCAGUUCACAGUCAGUGCCUUUGUCCCCUGCUCCAGAAGCUGACCCGAGUGCUGCAGGUAAAUCUGACGUAUUGUCAGCCCCCAAGGCUGAACAGCAAAACUGCAGGACAGCCGGACAGCAUUGGGGUGAAUCGCAGAGGGCUCGCGUUCCUGAGCUGUUGGGUGUUGCUAAGGAGCAUGGGCAAGGAAGCCAGGACGGGAACAUUGGAAGUGAGCUGACCCUCCGGCUCAGCAGCGAUGGUGAGCAGAACCAGCCAGACCUCGACGCAGAGCACUCGUGGCUGGUUUCAGCCACUCCCCUUCCGGCAGGAACCGCCUGCUCCUCCACACAGACUGAGCAGACUUUUUCAGAGAAUCAGACCGUGAAAAGAGGCAUGUUGUAUGAGGACCCAGUGAACCAGGAAUCCACCAGGUUAAAAACUAACAGUGUGGGAGAGGAGCUAACAGUGACAGCUACCCCAGAGAAGAACGCCUUCAGAAGGGUCCAGGAAGCAAGCCCGGCCAGUGAAUUGGAUUGUUUUGCAGAGAGCAGCUUUAACAAUCGGUCAUUGAGUGAUUCACCACCUUUGACCCCUUUUCCUCUAACACAGACCUCGGACUGCGUUGGCUGUACACCGUCAGCCCCGCCAGAGUCCUCACUGUCUGCCUCUCUCAGCUCGGAGGAGAAGGAAACCACAGACACCUCUGUGCUGGAGAUCGUGGACACCGAGGAGAAGACUACCACUCAGGCUGAACACUUUGAGGACGAACCCCCAAUGCCUUUUGACAAUGAUUUCUGGCCCUCCGAGAGUAGUCCAAGCAUUGAAGAGGCCUCCGCUAGCGGGACAGCCACUCGAGUGAUGAACUGGGAGGAAACUUAUCCCAUCGCUAACAGACAGAAUAAAAACAGCACCCCACUUCCAGAGAAAUCAAAUCCCACACCUUCCUUCCCGUCUGCAGAAGAGCUCAGUGCCAGAGACCCAGAGGAUGCCCUUUCCAGAAGACAGGAUCCUAGUUCUCUGGAUUCUAAAAUCUGGGAUGAUUGGGAAGAGGCGGAUCUACUUCCUGAGGUCCAGCGUGGACUGUCUCAGAAGCUGUCUGUCACUGAAUCUCAUCGGAGAACUUUAGAGCACAAUAUUGCAGUGCCUGUUGGUGGAAGGAGAACACACCACCAAACAGCACCCGUCACCCCGGAACCACCGUACUCAACAAUGGCCACACCCUGUCUGAAGAGAGAGCUGAGCAAGUUUGGUGUUCGACCAAUGCCAAAACGGAAAAUGAUUCUGAAAUUGAAAGAGAUUUAUGAUUACACACAUCAAACUGUUCAGCCAGACACCACUCAAAUAUCAUCUUCACUGAAAACAAAGCCGGUCCAACUGAGCAAACCAGGAAUAAGUUCAGCAGCCCAGCCGAAGACUGUUCCAUCACGGACUAAAGGUCUGAAACGCAGCUCAACUUCAGUAGCUAAAGGUUGCAAAAAGGAUUCUAAAGGACGUGUCAAGGCCACCAGUAAAAAGAAAGGAAGCGGUGUGCCAGACGGACUCAGACCUGAGGCCAAGCUGCCAGUCACCUCUGAAGUGGAGAACCAGCUGUCCUCGUCUCAAAGCUCCUCGUCCUCAGCAGUGAGUUCCUGUCUAUCAGAAAGGGUGUCGGCUGGUGAAUUUGACGACGUCUUCAGCGCUGAUUCAGAUGCCGAAGAGGAAUUCGGAAUCACGCCGUCACAGGCAGUGGUCCACGAGGCCGACACAAACAAGGCCAUACGGCAGUUCAUUCUGUCGAACCCCUCUCUAUACAGCGACAUCCUGCAGUACAAGCCCUUCGAGCUGUCUGACUUUCACCAGCAGCUCAGAGAUAGCGGCAUAAAGGUCUCCAAAAGCAAGCUGGUGGACUUCCUCGACGCUCAGUGUAUCACCUUCACCACAGCCAGAGCGCGGAAGGAGCUGAUUCAGCGGAAAAAGCUGGGAGCCGCCCGUGGUCAGAAAAAGGCGGGUCACAGCAAGAAGCGAGAGCAGGGGUGGAAGAUGCAGCUGUCUGCCGGGGUCAAAGCAUCGGAGUAACGCAGUGUUAAUUCAGGAGCUUUAAUCUGGUCAGAAUUAUUGACCUCUGUGGGAUAUUUUACUAAGCCUACCCAUCUCACACUGGAACCUUGUAACAGGAGCGAUACAAGCUCCAAUCUAAGGUGAACUUUGUCACUUUCAGCCAAGCUGCACUCAACAGUUUGAGACAAAGUAAAAUAAAUUCGGUGCCCAGAAGGUGUGCCCAUUCUGGGGGUGGGUAGAGCGAAUCCUGGGUAAGUGUAAUCAAAGCCUGGUGGAUUCAGACAUGGUGCUGACCCCUCACUACUGCUGGACAGUUCCUAGUGUGGCAUUGUUUUUCAUCUGUGUCGGCAUUCAUAAUUGUAAGCCACAUGCACUUGGAUGGGGAAAGCAAAAGCUUUCUUCAAAGGGAUUGGUUCAGUAACUGCACUUAACCCCUCCACUGGUCUCUCCUUUAAUACCUGUAGCCCAGUCUGUAUAAAUAUCCACAUAGCUGUAUAUAAUUGUAUUAAAAAAUAUUGUUCAAAACUUUGUAGCCAUGGCAGAGAGAAAAACUCGAUUAUUUUGAGUUCUGGAUGUAAGAUUUGCUUCACCAGUAAUGUUGACUUUUCUAUUGUACGUGAAGUUGACUUGACAAGUUUUGGUAAGUGAUGCCCAGUUUUAUGCAGUAGUGAUACAUUGUGUGUGUAUACGUUCCUGCCACUGAUGGAGUGAGUUGUAUUUCAGGCUGGUGAACUGUACAGAUUUUCUAUGAGAUUCAUCUGGAUGUUAGCAGAGUGCACCUACUAUUUAAAAAAUAUAAUAAACCAAGUACACUUUUA